UAUUUACAUCAUACAUAAUGUUAACUGUCGUGAAUCGCAGCUGUUGGCCGCUCUUAUCUGGCUGGACGGAAGGGCACAGGGCGUUUAGUGAGGAUUAGCUCGUUCCCUAAGCUCCCGCAGUCUCCUCGUUCGACACCGGCAAAUGGCUCCCAGACGGUGCAUCAAACAAAUUCAACCAGUGAUGAAGACGAGACUGGCGAAGGAGAAAGAGGAGGUGAGCGCGAGGAAAGGGGAAGACUGGUCGAGGAAACCGUAAAGCAUGGGAGCGCGUGGGGAUCAUUGGAGGCGAUUGAUUUACGGCGUUUUACAGCCCAAUAAAACUUAGACAACAUUCAACCAGAGGCCUUCGACGUUGCUGGCCGCGCGCGAUUCCAAUAAAUAAGACAUGCUAACGUUAUGUGUCGUUUUUAUUCUUAUCCCAUAAAAACUGACAAAGCAAUGAUAUCCAUUAUUUAAGAAGUAGUCUAGUGAUGCUGUAGGUCUGCUUUUGAGACUCGUCAAUUACAGAUGCUGGAGGGAUACAGUCUGCAGUCCAUCGUGCUGCUAUUGAUCACGUCCUGCUAACACAACUGCCUCUGCUCUUGUAAGGGUAGCUCUUCUGUGGCAAUAGACUCACUGACUGUUGUUGCCCCAAAAGAUUUCAGUGAUUUCCCUUAUUUACGGCCUCUUGAACAACCACUUAGCCACAACGGUAUAUAGCCUUUAACUUAACUUUCUAAUUAAUAGCAGCAUAGCCUACAAUUGGUUUCCCAAUUUAAGUUGAUAAUGGUAGAAUACUAAGGCUUUCAUUUAAGACUUUCUGCUGUGAUUAAUAACUGCAAUCAUAUUGUCAGUUUUGCCACCUUGUGUCACCAUGGCAUUUUGGUUUCUUUAACUAGGUCAGUUUAUUGAGCCUUUGUAAAUAUUAUGUUGUUUUGUCCCACACUCUUGUAUAGGGAUUAUGCAUUAUGCAUUAUCCUUAGCCUUAUUUUUGUAAUUCUACCAGCUGCAUCAGUAUAAAGAUAUAAGAUCACUCUAUCAUCUCUAAGCUCAGGUCGAGUGAUCCGUCUCUCAGUGGUUACGCAGUUGAUUUUCCCACGCUAUGGUAUGUUGAUUGUGCCACUUUCUAUUAUUUCUUUCCAGCACAUUUUUCAAGCCAUCUCUGGUUACCUGUGUCCCACAGCUAGGUCCACUCCAGCACAUGGGCGCAACCAGCGAUGGCUACUUAACCCUUGUGUGCUUUCGGCGAUAUGCAGAAGCAGGGUCAUCGAUAUACCGGGCCUCCAUUUCAUCAAACACUCUCGCACACCUACACAAAGGGGUUCAUAAAGAUUCGAAUAAACAUUUGGUUCCUUAUCCGGGGACUACCUCGUUGGCUGCCAUUGGACUGCAGCGUCACGUGGUAAAAGUAACUUUACAGGGUAGCUCGCUAGUAGGAGGGCUUUAUGGACCAGAAAAACGACAAAGGUAGAAAAAUUAUUUUCCACUCCAGAAAUUAAUGAUCAUGAGCUCGUAUUUGAUGGACUCUAACUACAUCGAUCCGAAAUUUCCUCCUUGCGAGGAAUAUUCACAAAAUAGCUACAUCCCCGAACACAGCCCUGAGUAUUACAGCCGCACGAGGGACACCGGCUACCAGCAUCACCAUCAGGACUUGUAUCCUCCGCGCGUGACCUAUCCGGAGCGCCCGUAUAACUGUGCAAGCAUACCCGAGCCGGAGCCCCAGCGAGGGCAUGGGCUCACGCACUCAGGGAGCCUGCUGGCGGCGGGGAAGGCGCAGACUGCUCCACGUGAGCCCCCGCCACCUUUACCCACAUCCCCCACAACCCCACCGACAGCACCUCCCGCCUGCAUCCAAGCCGCCCCGGAGCUCCCCACCAGCACAGCCGCGACUAAGCAGCCCGUGGUCUACCCCUGGAUGAAGAAAAUCCACGUCAGUACCGUGAAUCCCAAUUACACUGGAGGAGAGCCCAAGCGGUCCAGGACUGCUUACACACGCCAGCAGGUCUUAGAAUUGGAGAAGGAGUUCCACUAUAAUCGCUAUCUAACUCGGCGACGACGCAUCGAAAUCGCCCACUCCUUGGUGCUCUCGGAGCGGCAGAUCAAAAUUUGGUUUCAGAACCGCAGGAUGAAGUGGAAAAAAGACCAUAGGCUACCCAACACCAAAGUCAGAUCUUCCUCCUCUUCGUCGUCUACUUCAGGCGCGACCACCGGGGCCAACACAGCUACCACAGCCGGCAAUGUAUCUAACAGCGCGGGCUCCAGCACCAUAGCAGUUCCCGAGCAACUCUCUCGGGUUCCCGGGGUCGAUCGAGAUCAGGAUAUAACAAGGUUAUAGACACGAGAAUAUUUCAAUUUGCGGAUUGAGAACAAUGGAAUAUUUAUGGAAAUAUAUUCUUUUUAUAUGUAUAUUAAGAUAUGUUCUUCGUAGUGUUCUUGUGCGUAAAACUGGGUGUCCUCUGAGUCCAUAGUUAUAUAAAUAUGCAUGUUAUAUAGCAUGGAUUACUGCGAAUACCUAGUGAUUUUUUCGGCUAUCAGGGUUUAUUUAUUAAACAUAGUAAUUAUGCCAUUUUAAUAAAUUGUGUUGACUGAUACUUAAAUGGACAUUUUGAACAAAAGAGUGUGAGGGAUCCUAUCCGUCUGCUCAAUGGCCUACAUGCACAAUCCUUUUAUUUAUUUUGCAAACAAAAUUGUAGAUAUUUCUAUUGUUCCCCCAUGUGAAAGAUGAUUACACGUCUUGCAGGGCUGAACGUACGUAGUUAGUAGCCUAUUCAUGUAAAAAAGUAAAAUGUUGUGAGUUUGUUUUGUUUCUGCGCAACCUCCAAAAUAAGGCCUCUAGUACUGAAUAAAAAGGGUAGUGCGUUUUGUGAUACUAGUACUGUGAUUUAGACUGAAUAAAAGUUGUUAUUGUUAAACAAAUGCAAUAAAAUAAGUUUAAAUGUAUUUGUGAUAAUCGUAGUGGUAAAUAAAACUGUGAGUGUCAAUUA